AUGAUCAAGCUGGCGGCUCUUGAGGACGCAGGCUCCGAUGUCUUUUCGUUCGUCUACCCGUCCGACGACCCUCGCCCCUUGCCUGCCGUUUUUACAAUGGUCGCGCAGAUGGGCCACGUCGUGAUGCCCAUUGACGUCGAGCUGUUUAGAACGAUGCAAGUGGGGAUAUUCAUGCGUGUCCAGCGCUACUUCGAGUUCAGGGAGAAGAUGGACGAGGUCGCCGUUGCGCAGUUCACUGCGUGGGCCACAGAGCUUGAGGCGGCGUUUGGAUGUGAGGCGCGGCUUCUGCGACUCCUGGUUCUCAGGCUGCGCUCGCAGUUGGCGUCUUUCCUGUCGGAGCAGCAUUGCUUGCACGCACGAGUGCGGCAAUGGCUUUUUCUCACAGGCGCCCAUUUCUCCAGGGAGGCAGCGGCGCUAGAGGCACGUUACGGCCGAAAGGCGAGCCGCCUGAGAUGGCUGAUGACGCAGCGCCCGCGACCUGCGUCGGCGACGCACAGUUGCGCGGCCCCGCCCUUGCAGCAGAGGGCGCGGCAUUCAGUUGGUGGCGGAGGAACGCCGUCUGGCCACCCAGACCAGGAGUUCUCGUUCGCUGGCUGCGCUCGGGCCCGCUCCCAUCUGCGGGCGUUCGGCGGGCAGGGCGUCGUCCAACUUGCGGCAAUUCGCCGAGAGAGCAUGAUCGAGCGGGCGGCUCUGGAGGAUGCAGGCGUCGGUGACUUUUCGUUCGUCUACCCGCCCGACGAUCUUCGCCCCUUGCCUGCAGCAGCAUUUACAAUGGUCGCGCAGAUGGGCCACGUCAUGAUGCCCAUUGGCGUCGAGCUGUCUAGAAUGAUGCAAGUGGGGAUCUUCAUGCGUGCCCAGCGCUACUUCGAGUUCAGGGAGAAGAUGGACGAGGUCGCCGUUGCGCAGUUCACUGCGUGGGCCACAGAGCUUGAGGCGGCGUUUGGAUGUGAGGCGCGGCUUCUGCGACUCCUGUUUCUCAGGCUGCGCUCGCAGUUGGCGUCUUUCCUGUCAGGGCAGCAUUGCUUGUGCGCACGAGUGCGACCAGGGCUUUUUCUCACAAGCGCCCAGUUCUCCAGGGAGGCAGCGGCGCUAGAGGCACGUUACGGCCGAAAGGCGAGCCGCCUGAGAUGGCUGAUGACACAGCGCCCGCAACCUGCGUCGGUGGCGCACAGUUGCGCGGCCCCGCCCUUGCCGCAGAGGGCGCGGCAUUCAGUUGGUGGCGGAGGAACGCCGUCUGGCCACCCAGACCAGGAGUUCUCGCUCGCUGGCUGCGCUCGGGCCCGCUCCCACCCGCGGGCGCUCGGCGGGCAAGACGUCGCCCAACUUGCGGCAAUUCGCCGAGAGAGCAUGAUCGAGCGGGCGGCUCUGGAGGAUGCAGGCUUCGGUGACUUUUCGUUCGUCUACCCGCCCGACGAUCCUCGCCCCCUGCCUGCAGCAGCAUUUACAGUGGUCGCGCAGAUGGGCCACGUCAUGAUGCCCAUUGGCGUCGAGCUGUUCAGGGAAAUGCAGGGAGGUGACGUUUACCGCUGCAACAGGAAGAUGUGCCACCAGUUCGUGACGCCGCAGCACAACCACCCAGUAUUUAAAGCUGGCUGGGGCAAUGCGUCCGCUCCGCUGUCAGAUAAAGCUGUCGUGCGCAUGUGCGCGGCGUGGGGCCUCUCUCAGGCUAAGUGCCACCAGGUAACAGGUCACAGCAGCAAACUCAUUGAGAACACAUACUUGCGCCUGGAUGAAGCGAGGAUGAAGUACGUGCUCAAAAAAGAAAGGACAAUUCGCUUUGGCCCGGUCGAGGAAUGGAACGACAUUGAGGCCGAUGAAGUCGACUUGGGCAAAGAGGACGACUGGAGGAAGACGGACAAGCAGAAACCAGUUCAAUGGGAGCAGUGGGGAGGCAUCGUCGAGCGCGGGCCAGGGCCAAUUCGCAAGCGGGAUUGGAAGCCGACCACCAGGAAGCAUUUGGAGAAUACCAACGUGGUUUUGCAUACCGACGGCGCCCGCGCAUACAAAAUGCGCAUCCCCGGUGUUAUUCACGACAACGUGGCGCACUGCAAGAAAAAGGUCGUCUUUAAAGGAAAGACCGUAUGGGUGAAACCGAAGUACUCAGAGAUUAAUAAGCACAUUCUUCCUGACGGGCAGCACCUUUUUGUCAAAACAGGCACGCAGAUCAUCGACCGUUUCUGGUCCCACUUGAGAGCGCACCUGGGCAAGCGCGCGCACAAGGUCAACAACGGAUCCAUGUGUCGACGUAUUCGUUCUGCUCAGUGGACGUACUGGGAGGAAGGCCAGGACCUGUGGGUCCGCACAGGUGAGAUGCUGAAGACUCCCUAUUGA